AGAGGAGGGAAGAGAGGAAAGGGGCGGUUGGGGCGGGGCGGCGUCCGGCUCCGGGAGAGCUGUGGGAGGAGCGCGGCGGCUACGGCGGCGGCUCUAGAAGAGGAGGAGGAGGAGGCGGAGGAGCUCCUUUCCUCUUCUCAGACCCGGGAGCGUCCCGGACGCAGAGCCGGAACUGGGGGACGCGGCGACUGCGGGGGCCUGGGGUAGAAUCUCCCUGGAAAAAGAGACAUGAAUGUCUGCAAUGAUAUUUCCUGACAAGAAGUUGAUAUGAGAGAAGAAAAGGAGAUCAACAGCUAGUGAACAGAAUUUCGAAUAACCAGGAUUUUUAUAUUUAUCACCUCCAACUACAGCCUUCUGUUGCCUGUUUUUAAAUCAGAGAUCACUACAAUCAGAACCAAGACAAGGCAAAAGGAUACUUUUUCUUCUGUAUUUUUUGAGAUUAAAAAAACCUGAAAUGUCUAGGAAACAAAACCAGAAAGAUUCAUCAGGAUUCAUUUUUGAUUUGCAGUCCAAUACUGUACUGGCCCAGGGAGGAGUUUUUGAGAACAUGAAAGAGAAGAUAAAUGCAGUACGUGCAAUAGUUCCCAAUAAGAGUAACAAUGAAAUUAUCCUGGUUUUGCAGCACUUUGAUAAUUGUGUGGACAAAACAGUACAAGCAUUCAUGGAAGGUAGUGCCGGUGAAGUACUCAAAGAAUGGACAGUAACAGGCAAGAAAAAGAACAAAAAGAAGAAAAGCAAACCAAAACCUGCAGCAGAACCAAGUAACAGUAUCCCAGAUUCCAAUAAACUGGUUUCCAUUCAAGAGGAACAGUCUGCGCCUUCCUCAGAGAAAGGUGGUAUUAAUGGUUACCAUGUCAACGGUGCCAUCAAUGAUACUGAGUCUGUGGACUCACUCAGUGAAGGUAUGGAGGCACUUUCAAUAGAUGCCAGAGAAUUGGAGGAUCCUGAGUCUGCCACACAAGAUAUGCUGGAUAGAACAGGAUCCAUGCUGGAGAAUGGUGUCUCUGAUUUUGAGUCCAGGUCUUUGACUGUGCACUCUGCUCAGAAUUCUCAACAGAAUAGAAAUGCUGCCAAAUCUCUCUCAAGACCUACCAUAGGAUCUCAGCUUUCAAAUCUAGGAAUGGAAGAUGUUCCACUCUCUUCCACCAACAAAAAGCUAGGUUCUAAUAUUGAAAAAUCUGUGAAAGACCUCCAGCGCUGCACAGUGUCUCUUGCACGAUAUCGAGUUGUAGUUAAAGAAGAGAUGGAUGCUUCCAUUAAGAAAAUGAAACAAGCUUUUGCUGAAUUGCAGAGCUGUUUAAUGGAUCGAGAAGUGGCAUUGCUUGCUGAAAUGGACAAAGUGAAAGCUGAAGCAAUGGAAAUUUUGCUCAGCCGUCAGAAGAAAGCCGAACUUCUAAAGAAGAUGACUGAUGUGGCUGUUCGGAUGUCAGAGGAGCAGUUGGCUGAGCUCAGAGCUGAUAUCAAGCACUUUGUUAGUGAGCGUAAAUAUGAUGAGGAUCUGGGACGAGUGGCCCGAUUCACCUGUGAUGUAGAGACCCUAAAGAAGAACAUAGAUUCAUUUGGACAAGUGUCCCAUCCAAAGAACAGCUAUUCAACCAGAUCUCGAUGUAGCUCGGUUACAUCUGUGUCUUUGAGUAGCCCGUGUGAUGCCUCUGCCGCUUCCUCUUCCACCUGUGCCUCUGCUCCCAGCCUUACAAGUGCUAACAAGAAAAACUCGGCACCGGGGGAGACUCUCGCAACCACAACAAACUCCAGUGGCCGGCCCUACCAGCCUCAUCGAGAGGUAUUGCCAGGGAACAGACGAGGAGGACAAGGCUACAGGCCACAAGGCCCAAAGUCCAAUGACCCCACGAACCAAGGGCGACAUGACAGUGGGGGUCGUUACAGAAACAGCUCGUGGUAUUCAUCUGGUUCCAGGUACCAGAGUGCUCCAUCCCAGGCGCCAGGAAACACCAGUGAACGGGACCAGACUCACUCUGCAGGGACCAAUGGAAUUGGAGCUAGCAUGGAGCCCAGCCCACCCAAGCCCUCAUUCAAAAAGGGGCUCCCCCAGCGCAAACCCAGGACCUCUCAGCCUGAAGCCGUGAACUCUUGAGGGAAAUUCCAGCUGGCCUGUCUCUUCUAUCCCACACAAUUCAACUUGGUAACUGGACUUUAGGAAACUUGUAGUUAGAUUUAAUAACAAAAAGAAGUUUGCGCAUUCACUUUUGAUGCCAUUCUAAAUAUUUUGGUUUUUUUCUCUCCUCGUUUCUGCUUUACCGUUUUUUUUGGAAGGGAAGCUGUUUUUUCCCUUGACCUUUCCCAGUGAUAUGGAUUGAUUCUGACUGGCCAUUUCCACCAGGAAUCACCGACACCUGUUGCCAGGUUUCCCAAGGGUAAGCAGUGUUCUUCC